AUGAAGACCAUCUCCAUUAUUCUCUUCGACCCCCUUGACGUCGUCUCCAUCAGUGACUUCAACGCCUGCCCCGGCUCCGUUCACGUCGUUGCCGCCUGCUGUGAUGUCAACGUCGAGCAAGUCCUCUGUAUCACCUGUGACGAGGCCCACAAGGCCCACGGCAGCUCCGGCGAGCUAGUCCUCUGCCACGACCUCGUUGGCAGAAGCUAA